UCUCGUCUCUCUCCCCCCUCAUUAAGGAUCUCUCCUUCUACCUUUUCAUUUUCAUCUCUCACAUUUCUCCUCUUCUCUCUUUUGUUCCGUUAUUAUUCUUCCUUCCCUUCCCUUUUUCCAUACACCCAUCUUUCUCCUCCUUUCAUACACAUUCUUCAUACAUAAAAAUGGCAAACGCUGCUUCUGGAAUGGCUGUAAGAGAUGAAUGCAAGCUGAAAUUUUUGGAGUUAAAAGCCAAGAGGAACUAUCGGUUCAUUAUAUUCAAGAUUGAGAAUCAAGAAGUUGUUGUGGAGAAACUUGGAAGCCCUGAAGAGACUUAUGAUGAUUUCACUGCUGCUAUUCCAGCUAAUGAGUGUCGCUAUGCUGUCUUUGAUUUUGAUUUCACUACCGAUGAGAACUGCCAGAAAAGCAAGAUUUUCUUCAUUGCAUGGUCACCUGACACAUCAAAAGUGAGAAAUAAGAUGGUUUAUGCAAGCUCCAAGGACAGAUUCAAGAGGGAAUUGGAUGGAAUUCAGGUGGAAUUACAAGCCACAGAUCCUAGUGAAAUGAGCUUCGACAUAAUCAAAGCUCGAGCUUUUUAAGCUCAGUUUUCCUCCCUCCCUCUCUUUCUCCAUCUUCAUUUUUGAGACUAAGCAUAAUUAAUGUUGUGACAUUACUCUUUCACUUUCUUUUUUUUUUCCUUCUUUUUGUACUUUUUUAAUCUUUUUCACAGCCUUGUUUCUUUUUUGCUUCAUGGGGUUUCACUGAUCUCUAAAGCUGUAUUGAUGAUCUGUUGUAAUUCUAUAUAUAUAUAUACAUAAAGGGAGUUCCUUCUUUCA